UCUAAUAGACAAAACUAUCCGCGCAAUACUUUCUAAAGAAUCCGCGAUCCUGUUUGUUUUCUCGUCUGCGUUGCCAUGACAACAGAACAGACACGCCGUUCAACUUUACUCCAAAAUCACCUGUCCUGUUUCCUUUGAAUAAUUCCAACAACGCCGUUCAACUCUACUCCAAAAUCACCUGUCCUGUUUCCUUUGAAUAACUCCAACAACAUUUUCAAGAUCAACCGAUUUUCUUAUCGUGAACAAACGCUACUUGUGACUAAUUUGGUGACAAACUACUGAUAACAAUUUGUGUGACUUUUUGAGAUUCAUUGAAUUGAAAGUGUUGAUUGAAUUGUUUUUUGUGUUUAUCGUGUACUUUAAGUGGAUUGUAAGUUUGAGUCAUAUGCAACAGGUGUCAUAUAGUUGUACAGGUGGAGAGGUGGUUGUCAGUUGAAGUUUUUUGAAGUUAUCAGUUAAUUGAUUAGUUGAACAGUGUUUGAAGUGUGUGUGUUUCAAAUUAUUGGAUAACGUCUCAUUUUUUGAGGUAUCCUGGAACAGCCCAACAUUUUAGAACCUGGACACACCUGUAAGUGAAAUGACACUACAACCACACUCAUUCAGAACAGGCGGAUAAAGUGAAAUGAUUAGAAAGUUUUGGGAAGGUGAAUAAUAGUGUGAUACCAUUCGAAAUAGAGAGACUGUACAAUUAUUUAAUGACUGAGAACUGUCGUGGAGCAGCAAUAACGGUUUAAGUCGUGAAAUGAUUUUGAUUUGUCACGUUUAAGGAAAAUAUUAGGUAGUGUUACUGUUGUGUUAUUACCGGUAAGAGAUUAGUGGAGGUGACAACUGUUCAACAGUUGAACAAUAAUUAUUUUAUGAAUGGAUUCACUCCAAUUAUCCAGUUUUCAAUUGUAGUACACAAUUUCUCAAUUUCUCUUAUUGUAGAAUUUCCUGCUAUGAAUGGAUUAUCCUCAACUAUUCAGUUUUCAAAAGUGUUAGAUUCUCUUUUUGUGAGACUUCCUGUAGAAUAUUCUGUUAGCAUCGUUAUAACGUAAUACUUUAUAUACAUCAAAGCAUCUUAACUUCAUUGAAACGCAUUCGUAACCCACAAAUGGUGAGUGACUAGAGAAGCUGUGAUUGAAGUAGUGUUAUUUGUGAGUUUUUUUUAGAAUAACACUAUAUUCAUCUAGGAGAAUCGAAUAACUGGGUAGGACAUAGAACUUAAGUGUUUGAUUGAAAUUGCUGGAGAUAAUUAUACUGCACAACUUAUGAAGUAUUAGAAUAUUAUACUAUCUCAUACUUUGAUUCUAACACAAGGUGAAAUAUUAGAGAGGAAUCAUACAUUCAUUUGUGAAGAGAAGGUGAUUGAAUAUCAAGAGGUGUGAUUGUACAUUCUUAGGUGGCAUUAUCCCAUCUAUGUAGGUCGUCAACUUAUGGAAAGCUCAAUGAUGCCCAGUCUUGGUAAUUGAAAAGCUACGUGACAAACGUAACAUGCUGGAAAUGAUGAAUGGAUCGCAGGAGUUCAUUGAUAAAAUGGAAGCGGAAACUAGAAAAGGGCCGGUUGUAGUGAGUACUCAUAGUAGGCAGCAGGAGCGCCAACCUGACGGAUCUAAAGAUGACCGGAAGCUGCAGGGACGUCACGUGGUCAAGAUUCGUGUCAACGCUGAGAACGUUGGCAGCCCUGAGGGAGCGGUCGCUGAAGAUGGACUUCAAUUGUCUGGACGGGUCACACCUUCGAACCAAGUUGAGGUGUUGUCAGAUGGACGAGUGAGGAUCAAAAGUAAUGAUAACGAUGUGGAAGCAAUCUUGAAGCAGCCGGUUGUUGUUGGAAGAACGUUGAAAGAUGAAGAAAAGAGAGGGAGGGGAGUUGAGGAGGAAGUGGUGAUGAAGAUGGAUGAAGAGGAAGAAGAAAGCAGGAGAAGAAUUAAAGCCAGAGAAGAAACGACAACUUCUGUCUCAGCAGGUCAACAUCAAGUGAAGCAGGUAAAAGGGGCGGGGACCGUCAGGUCAUUCCUUAUCUCGGAUACCACUUCUUCUCAGAUUAAAAACAAGUCUGGUCUUCUUCCAGAGAAGCGAUCUUCAUCAAAUCAGUCCACUUCUAACUCUGUGCGUAUAAACGUGUUGUCGUCAUCAGCUACAGCUGCAGGGGAGUCAAUGAUGUACUCGAGGAACGAGGAAGACUCGUCAUACUAUUCCUACAACCAGCUCGCCUAUUUGUAUUCACAUAGCGGUCAAUCAUCUCCAGCUAGUGACAGUGGCACCUGUAGUGAUUUUGACGCUAACACACCACCACCCCUACCCAAGAAGAAGUCCGCGCUAAGUAAGAAGAUAUCCACAAUUCACCUCAACCUGGGCAAUGAUGAUGUAUCCAAGCAUCACCAUAUUGUCAAAGCAACCAGCCUGACAUCAUCAGGUGAACCUGAAAGUGAUGAUGACAUCAGUUGUGACUCCCUCAAUAGCAGUGAGUUGGAGCAUCAGGUGGUGUCGUCAUCAUCAUCAACAUCAUCAGACCCAAGUCACCAUCUGCACAUCACUGAUCAUCUUGAUGACUUGGAGGAUGUUGAUGAUGGUGUACAUGAUGUCCUGUCAAGACGAAGAAUGGUCCAACAGUUUGGGAAGCAGAAAAGUGAGCCACCCCCUUUGCCACCAAAGAAAGGUCACCAAAAAAAGAUUCUGGAGACUACUGCAUCGGUUGAUACUUCCCUGACAUCGGUAGAAACGAGCUUCACGCCAACAAAGGCAAAACCUUUCAAACAGAUAGUGAACCACCCCCAAGUCUCCCGACAAGUCUCAGUUGAAGAGCGCACCUACAACGAACGUAACUCUUCCAAAAACUGUGUCACCUCCCCUAAUUCCACAUUAGAACGUAGUGUUUCCUCCCCUUCUUCUUCGAUCUAUGACAGUUUUUACAAGUUCCAUCUGAACGAAAACAGUGACGUGAAUUCAACCGACGAUUGUAACAGUUUAUCUUCGACAGCUACCAUGAGGUCUAGUGUAACAGUGGAUGGGUUAGACUCGUUCGCGGGUCGCAAAGGAUAUGUUCAAGAUGGUGACGUUGAGAAUGCUACGAUCAGGAGUUCCAAGGGCACAAUACGAGGCGUCAAGAAUCGAGUGAGGGCUGGUAUUGCCACGUUCCUGCAGAUGCACACCAAUAAGAGAUGGGAAGAAAAAGAAGCGGGCAAAGUGGUGGUGUACACAACAACAAUGGGAACAGUGAGGGAGACGUAUUUGCGCUGCCUGAAAGUGCGCCAGAUCAUGCGGACCAACCUGGUCAAGUUUGAGGAGCGCGAUGCCUUCAUGAGCCGCGAAGUGCAGGCGGAGAUCAAGGAGAGGAUGUCCUCCGACCUGGUCGCUCUGCCUCAGGUAUUCGUCGAGGGACAGCAUUUGGGGGAUGCCGAGGCAGUGGAACGACUCAAUGAAAGCGGAGAGCUGAGGAAAAUUCUCCAACCAUACAAGAGUGCAGACGCUUGUAUGACAUGCCAAGUAUGCGGAGGCUACCGUCUGCUGCCGUGCGGAGUCUGCAACGGUAGCAAGAAGUCAGUCCACCGCAAUCACUUCACGACCGAGCUGGUCGCACUUAAGUGCAUGAACUGCGACGAGGUCGGACUGGUGCGCUGUUAUGCCUGUUAGUGACAAGUGAUCAAGGACAAGUAACAAGUGUUGAAGGACAAGAUGAGUUUCGUUUCUUGUUAGUGACAAGUGAGGCAACAACCUAUGACAAGUGUUCAAGGACAAGUAACAAGUGUUAAAGGACUAUAUGAGUUUCGUUUCUUGUUAGUGACAAGUGAAGCAACAACCUAUGAAAAGUGAUCAAGGACAAGUCAAGAGUAGCAAGUAUUGAUGGACAAGAUUAUUUUAUUUUUAGCUUACCGACUGCAAUGUAGUCAGACUUGUGCGCUGUUAGUGACAAGUGAUCAAGUACAAGUGACAUAGCGUGAAUGUUGAUGUUGUGGAACUUUUCCGUAAUUGAAUAGACUUGAAACGUU